UUGAGUUGAGUUCUGUGUCUUCAGCUACACAUUCCAUCAACAUGACCACCUUUGGAGAUAUUCUGAAGAACAUCGGGGAGUUUGGAAUUUUCCAGAAGCUCAUCAUUUGUGCACUGAGCUUCCCGAAUGUGAUUUUAGGCUUUGAGUUUGCCUGCGUCUUUUUUAUCCAGUCUGAUCCGGAGCGACAUUGCAACACGGAUUGGAUCCUCGAGGCAGACUCGAACCUGACAUCGGAGGAGCAGCUCAACUUGACAGUUCCUCGCGAGCGCGAUGGUUCUUUCAGCCGAUGUCGCAUGUUUGCGCCAGUGGACUGGGACAUCGGGACCAUCAGGGAGCGCGGGCUCAAUGAGACCGCGGCGUGCCAGAAUGGUUGGGUUUACUCCAGUUCGCUUUACACCGCCACUAUAGUCACUGAUUUUGAUCUCGUAUGUGACAAGGCAAAUUUACUCCAAGUAGCACAAACAGUGAUGAUGUCUGGCAUUUUGCUUGGCUGCCUCUUAUUCGGACCUUUUGCUGAAUCAUUCGGCCGCAAACGAGCUGCUCAAAUUCCAUUGGUCGUAGUCCUCAUUUUUACUGUCACCACUGCACUGUGCCCCAACUACCUCUUGUUUCUGAUAUCCCAGUUUCUGAUGGGCAUGGGCUAUGGAGGUUUUCGGCUAAAUGGCCUCAUACUGGCCACAGAGUGGAUCGGUGCAUCCAAGAGGUCAUGGGGGGCGUGCGCAACUCAACUAUGUGGCGCAGUUGGACAGGCCGUCCUUGCCGGCCUGAUUUACGUUGUCAGAGACUGGAGAGUAGCUCAAUGGAUCACUGCGGGUCUACUUGCGGUCAUUGUUGUUUACAUAUGGUUCCUUCCAGAGUCAGCCAGGUGGUUGUUGGAGAGAGGCAGGACAGAGGAGGCGAAAGAAUUGCUUUUCAAGGUGGCAUCUAUCAAUAAACGCAGAUUUUCAGAAACUCUCCUGGAAAAGAUUGCUGUAAAAGAAACGGAGAAAAAGAACAACAUUUUAAAGCUUAUCCAAUCACCGGUGCUUCGAAAAUAUUUAUUUGCCAUCUUAUUUGCAUGGUUCUCAGUGAAUGUUGCAUACUACUGCAUUUCAUUCAAUGUGGGCAAUUUUGGCUUGGACGUCUUUCUGACACAGCUUAUAUUUGGAUUGACUGAAAUACCGGUUCAUCUGGUUUGCGUCUGGCUAUUGGAAGCGCUGGGCAGAAGAGUAUCUUUCAUUUCAACACUUCUGGUUGGAGGCGUCUUGUGUAUGUUGAUACUCACUUCUAAUCAGGGAAACAAUGUUGCUGUUACCAUAUUGGCCACCUCAGGACGCUUUAUUAUCAAUUGGUCUGCAACCAUAUGCAAUGUUUAUGUUCAAGAGUUAUUCCCAACAUCCUGUCGACAAACGGCUUCUGGUUUGGGCUCCAUCGCAAGUCGAGCCGGUGGUCUUAUUGCUCCAUUGGUCAACAUGUUGGCUAUGUACCACUGGUCCAUACCCAUCAUAAGUUUCAGUGGCCUCACACUGCUCAGUGGGGGUCUCUGCUUCGUACUUCCUGAGACACGGGGGAAAGAGCUGCCAGAUUCGUUUGAUGAGGCUGAAAGCAACAGGAGGAAGAAGGCAACAAAGAGAGUGACUCAACUAUUAUCCACAUCAAAUCAAGUAAACUGUAAUUUAUUCACUUCGAUUUAUUUCAAUUCAUUCAAAUGUCAAAUAUAACAGCUGCGAUAUUUACCAUGAUGAGGGCAAGGUGACGCAUACACAGGCUACAUAUGCCUGUCAAUAUGCACGCUCACACACACACACUCACACACGCACACAUUACCCGUAUACACAAGGAUGUCAGGCCAAUGUACUAAACACCCUUACGGCUUUUACAACUUGGAGGGCGUUGAUUCACGGACAAGAGUAGAAUUCCUUGUUGCAAACUAAUGUGAUCAGUUCCGCUUUUUGCAUGGACAUUUUCCCUUUAGGGGACCUACAAUGUGUCAUAGUCAAUUAUAUUUUAUUUAAUACUUCAAUGCGUUUAUAUUCUCGUGUUUAUGUGAAGUUACUGUUUAUGUCAAUCAUUAAAUGCAGAGUGGUUCAUGUUGUAA